AUGCCGCCGCGCGUGCUGUUCGGCACCCGCACCAGCGACCCCGCCGCGCUGUCCGACGCGCGCCCGAUGCGGCAGCACGCGCGCGAGCAGGGCGCCGCCAUCGCACACGCGACGGUCGAGGCGGCGGACGGCGGCUCGUGCCUGCGCUUCGCGCGCACGCUCGUGUUCACGCACGGCGCGGUGGCGUCCAUUCCUGGCGUCGACCCGGGCGCGCCGCCGGCGGACGGCCCCGACCCCAUUGCUGACGGCGCGCUACUGAUGCGCUGGUAUGCGGCCGCGGCAGACGCGGCCCACGCAGCGAUGACGCACUUCGCGACCAAGCCGGACGCCACCGUCUCGUCCGCGCGCGUCGCCGCCCGCAACGCCCUCAUCUCCGCGGCCCACGCGGCGCGGCUGCCCCUGGUCGUGGCUGAUGUAGCCUCGCAGCUCAAGUUUGCGCUGUGGGCGUGGGACUGCGAGGCCGCAAUGCCCGCCCAGGACGAACCCUGUCCGCACGACGGGCGCCCCAAGACGCUGCGCCUGGGCCUGGGCGGCAUCCGCGGCGGUGGCGGGGCGGUGCUGGGGUCGGUCGUCUACGCUGACACGUUCAUUGAGCCCAUAGCUGCAGUUCCUGCCGCCCUGCUUUAA